AAAAGGAAAUAACUGCAUACUUGGGAAAUGAAGUUCACCUUCAUCUGCAAAACAUGAGUCUACUAAACAGUUAUGAUACUAUUGAGUGGAAAAAAGAUACAAAUAAACGUAUUUGUAUAAUGAAAAAAAAAGAUUCAUGUGAACGUGAUAUAAGGAGAAGACUCAGCCAGAAUGGAACCCUGAUAUUGAAGACACUGACAAAAGAUGAUGCAGGACUAUAUUCACUAGAACUCUUCAAAGAUGGAAAGUCUCUUAUUAAAGAGGAAACAAAGCUAAACAUACAGGAAUGGGUACCUGAACUAACGAUCACAGAGAACUGUGACAAUGGAAUUGUCCUUACUUGCAAUUUGGAAAAAAGUUAUGUUAAGAAGUUUGACUGGACACUGAAUGGUAAUUCUCUGAGUCCUACCCAGGCACAAUUCAGUGGGAACAACGAAAAGGUGACAUUGAAGAUGACAUUUAAAACCAGUGACAAGUUUGUCUGCGUUGCUAAAUAUGCAACUAAGAGUAUACAAAGUGAGCCUAAAACACUUGCAUGUAAAGGCGAAGCAGACAUCAAUUGGUUUCUGAUAGGAGGCAUAGCAGGAGGAGGACUCCUGGUGCUGGUCUUGUUGUUUGUGUUCAUUUGCUGGAUCUGCAGGAAAAAAAAGACAGCGACAACAAAAUCAGGAUGAGGAGAUUUUAACUAUGUCAACUAUUCGGACUGAAGGAGAGAGAAGAUUGCAGCCACACCCAAGAUCGCAAGCUCAGCCAAGAUCCCAGCCUCCACCAAAAUCCCAACUGCCUGCGGAUCGCAUAAUAUUGAUGGAAUCUGAGGAGGAACAGACACCACCCAGACCAAGACCAAGGCAAAAAACUCCUGAUCCAAAUAUGUAAUAUUAAAUGGCAGAUUUCCUAUUAGGCGCUAAACAUGUAUUUAUGGAAAUUUAGGGUAUUAACAAACAUGCAAUUUUUAUCACAUGAAAUAACUUAACAAAGGAGUGUCCGUAUAUGACACGAAUUUGGUCCUAGCUAAAUAUAGUUGAUUUAUGUUCAGAUAACCCUUGGUGAUCAAGGCCCUAGCCAGCAAUAUAAAAUCACUGAGGCACUCAUGUAUAGUAAGUUACAUUGUCUAUUGGUGGCAAGCGCUCAUACCCCUACCUAAAAUGACGUAAUAAUAUAAACAAUUGUUAGAAUUGUUCAAACUUGCAUAAACUGGGAUCAGUAAACUGAAGUUACUCAUCGUUUCUACUAGCGUUUUAGAAUUGGAAUAUUACUAAGCUGGGAUCACUAAACUGAAGUUACACAUCGUUUCUACUAGCGUUUUAGAAUUGGAAUAUUAAUAAGAUGGGUUCACUAAACUGAAGUUACACAUCGUUUCUACUAGCGUUUUAGAAUUGGAAUAUUACUAAGCUGGGAUCACUAAACUGAAGUUACACAUCGUUUCUACUAGCGUUUUAGAAUUGGAAUAUUACUAAGCUGGGAUCACUAAACUGAAGUUACACAUCGUUUCUACUAGCGUUUUAGAAUUGGAAUAUUAAUAAGAUGGGUUCACUAAACUUAGGCUUCCAAAAUAAUGUAUUAUUCCCUAUUAUUAGGCUGAUAUAUACUUAUUUUUAAUUAACAUUACUUUGCCUCACCUAGUAAAAAAGUUCAUAAUAAUCCUUGGAUGUUUUGAAGCCAUUGAAACACAUUUAACUAGCUCUGAUGGUACGAACUGGGCCGUACAGUGUCGCUGUCAUCUGCAAUGACAGUAAAGGAUUUUGAAGAGCACAGAGGCUAUAGAUAUCAGUGAGACUUUUAAUAUAUGCACACAACGAAGCAAUGUGUAAAAGAGUCUGAAUAAAUUAUUAUUAGUAUUAUUUUAACCGAGGCCCAUGCCUCGCGUGCUUCACAGCAUUGGUGAUAAUAAUAGUUUGCAUUGUUUAGUUAAAUUUAAGUGCCAAUACGGCCAGUUGAUUGUGUAACAUCUACCAGUUAUGGACCGGAUCUGAUGUAGCAAUGAGUUUGGCCAUUCAUAUGCAACAUAUGUUGCUCGCACAUUGAGAUUUGGCGGCAAACAGCUGAGCUUGCUCUGAUACUGCCAUUCGGAAACACUGCCAAUAUGCUGUUAAUUCGUUUUGAAUGGUAUCUGUAAUAUUUUCAUCAGUAUGAAGGAGGAGUUGGAUUGCAUUUUAGAAUUGACGCCUGUGGCAGGAAAUGGCGUUGCGUUGACUCAGACCAGAAGGAGGAACAACACACAGCACAAUGGCUAUGAAGCCUGUGGUUAAUGCAAGAGCAGCAACACGCAAGCACACUUUUGCUGACUGCACAACCACUAUUUUUCUCCAAAAUUAUGCAUGAGACAGGUGAUAAGGUGUUCCGAUGAAGGUUUACGAGUGACCUUGCACCACAGUAAAUGGUACAGGCUUCACAAUUCUCUGGAUGCCACACAAUAAGGAGGGUCUUCAUGUCCCCCCUCCCAAGAAUGGAUGUCUGCAUGUGCUGUGCCUGCUUCUGUGCACUUUUUACAAGUUAACACCCCCUGUGCUAUUCAGGGGCACUCACUUUUCCUGCACCUUUGAAUUAUCCAGCAGAAGUCAAAAGAGCAGAAGAAACACAAAAGAUAAACACAACCAACUAAAUGUAAAAUACAUUUCUGAAACGUGAAGUCUUUCACCCCUUUUCCUUGGACCUGGUUGGUACAUGCCGACAUUCGGCUUUGGAUUUGGUUUAAACUGAAGUAAGAGGUUUCUUGGACAAGACCACGAGUGGUUGGAAUUUCAAAACAAGGUAUCAUUGUCUCUAAGUACCAGGCCCUGCAAAGCUCAAGCUCUGUAAAGUGUGCUGGAGGAGCUACAGCAGAGUAUUGCUGAUUUCGGAGACUACAGUAUGAAGAUGUAUGGGGAUAAGGUUGACCUGAUGUUUGCAGGUAUUUUCUUCAUGACAUUCUGUGGUGUGCACUUUGGGCAACGGGUUGUAGAAACACAGAAAGGCCCUCUUUUCCGCACAGAAGGGUCUCGCAUUACUCUGUCAUGUAAAGUGAGAGGCUACGAAGGCACUCCAAAACAGAACUUCCAUUGGUCCAUUUAUCGGCCUGCUUCCCCCAGUGUGGAGAUCCAGAUUGUGAGCACAGCAGACCCUCACUUCACAUACGCUCUCUAUCGGCACAGAGUGAGAAUGCAGGACAUUUACAUCGAGAGAACCAGCACAGACUCCGUGCUCUUGCACAUAACCAAACUACAAAUGCACGACCAAGGAGAGUACGAGUGCUACACUCCCAAUACAGACUCUGUCUACUAUGGAGCCUACAGCGACAAGACAGUCCUCAAAGUAAUUCCAGAUACACUUCAGGCCCGGAUCUCAGCUCUAUCAGUUCGGAGAGCUGUGGGAGAGUCCCUCAGUCUGUCCUGUGACGUGUCGAAGCGAACCUCCCAGCACACGCACCUGUCCAUCUCCUGGUUCCUGCAGACAGGAGGAGAGAACCUGGAGAUCAUCACUCUCUCAAGAGAAUUCAUCCUGCGGGCUGGAACGGCUUUUCACCACAGACUAGAAUCAGGGCACCUGCGCGUGGACAGAAGUGGUCUGACAACAUACCAGCUGACCAUCUUCCAGCUGCAGCAUUCAGACCAGGGCGAGAUUUACUGUGAGGCAACUGAGUGGAUCCAGGAUCCGGAUGAGUCCUGGUAUCCCCUAUCAGUAAAACAGACAGAAAACACAAAUGUCACUGUGGAGCAGAGGCCGCCAACGGCAGAUGUCCAAGAGUCAGAGUACACCACUGAUUGGUCAGUCCCCAAAAAAACAUUCCAGCCCCUGCAUGCACAUGGUAUUGUUCUUCAAGCUAGCAGUCUUUGUUCAGAUGUUGUAUCUGUAACAAGUUUUUGGACCUAUUAUAUCUUGGUCAUCCUGUUCUUUGUGAUCUAAUACAAGUAAAAACCUGAGGAAGACAACUGGCAAAAACAACUAACACUGUGUGCAGUGGUCUCACAUGCUGGGAUUUAAACAGGACAUUCAGGGGACAGUUUGUUUCUUGUCACAGGAUGUGUCCAGGUAAUGUUUAGGGUUAUAAGAUACUUCAUUAAUGUUGAUGGAGUAGUGUAGCUAUUCCCCCCUCACAAGUGGAGAGUGGAAUAAACACAGACUUCCGUGAACUUUCAUGGAGUAUUUUAUCUUUUUCUAGCAAUUACAAUGCUUAAAAAAAUGCACCAUAUUUUCAAAGCGUUGCUUACGGUCUUUAAUUAACUCCUAUUUUUUUUAAGGAAAAAAAAUCAUGAGAAACAAAUACCUUGAGAGUGCUUCAGAGUACUGGAAAUAUAUUACUUAGUUGUUUGGUUCUAGUUUUUUUAAAAACAUUAACAGACAUGUGACCUCUUUCAAAAAGUAGUACUGGAGUAAACUUUGAAAAAUAUGGCCUAUUAUGUUUAAACGUAAAUAAACAGUUGAAUUCAAUAUCUGCAUUUGCUUAGCAUGGCAGUGUGUUUUGGAAUAGUGUCAUUAUGUUGUUAAUUUUGAAUGAAUGCGAGGAAGAAUGACAAAUGAGACCCUGUGAAAAGCACUGAAUACAGUAAGCGUUGAGUACUAAAAAACUUAAAGUUAUCACAUUAAAAAACAUGGAACCAUGGGAUAGCAAAGCUACUAUUAUGUAUGUGUCAUGAAAGGUAAAUAUAUGCACAGUAUACACGCUUUAUAUUUUCCAACUCAUUUGCACUCCUUCCAUAAGCAAGCCUUGUGUUUAGACAAUGUGUUGCUAAACCACUAGCGCUUUUCUAUUAUGUGCAUGAUACGCUUGGCAUUCCCUCAAGCUGUUGACAAAAUAGUAUGGCCCUGAUGAGGAAGAAAAUAAGUUAUAGGAUAACAAAACGUUCACUGAUGCCAUGUGUAACUCGAAAGCGUCCAGAAGGUUUAAAACUUUUUUAUAAGAAUACGUUUGUGCAAGUUGUGUUUGUACUCAUUAAUUACAAUUACAUUUUAUAUAUAU